CUCUCUUGCAGUCGCUGAUGUGUUUCUUUAAGAUUCCUCGAACUUUCUCCUGUGUUCGGGAGAAUAAUCAGCAGAACAGAAACGCCCUAAAAUACAAACGAGAGAACAAACCCAAACAUUAAGUGAGGGUUGUCGUCUGAACGUAGUUACGUCCGUUUUGUUUGAAAGAGAAUUGACGGCGCAAGGCAUCUAAGGAAAAGUGAAGAAAAGAAAGAAUGGCACGGGAGGAGCCACGGAACUAGACGAGUUAACUUCGAGGCAAAACUCUGCGGCGGUUUUUUCCCCUCGAAGAGAUGGAAGGAGAAAAAGAAAGGCAGUGGGAGCAGCAGGAGGAGAAGGAAAGUAACGAAGCAGAGGAUGAUACCAGAAGCGAUGAUGAAACCUACAAUGUGGAGGAGGAUGCAAACCCAGAGACGGCAGUGGUCGUUUGGCAAGAAGGCCAUGAAAAGGAUGAGCUGGGCAACCCUAUCAUGCACUGGGAGGCUCUGAGCUUGUGCAUUGCUGAACUUGAGAAACAGGAAGAGGAGAAAAGAGCAAAGGCUGGAGCCUCUCUGGAGCAAGGCAGCACCACUCUGGGCUGGACAGAAGACAGGGAGAUAACAGCGGACAGUUGGGAGGAUGGCCACGACGCCUGCAAUAGCCACGUUUUGGGCCUUACAUCCCGCCUGCACACACAGAUGAAUCUCCAGCUCUGCUUCAUCAACAAUAGUGAAAGUGAGGAGGAAGAAACGGAAAACGAUAUGUGCAACAAGAAGAGCAGCAACCCAUGGAAAAUUACUGGACAGAGUCAUAAGAACACCCAGAAUCCUACCAGGUCUGAAGAACCUAAGUCAAGAGGAUUCAGGAGCACUCUGAGGAAUCUUCGAGACCGAUUGAGAACAGACCACAAAACAAAGACAGCCACUCGUAGAGAACCUGUAGGGCAAAGGACACAUCUGGAGCUCAGCGAUUUGGAAUGUCUCAGUAUGGAAGAGAUGAAUGCACUCUAUACAUCUCUAAGACAGGACAUACAAGACCUGAGCUCUGAGUUGGUGAGUCGCCUCCAUAUCCGAGACCAGUUGAGGACGGAGCAGGAUGCCAUGCUGCUAGAGGUGCAAGAUUUGACGUCCCUGUGAUGCUUCCAGCUGCUUCAAGCAAAGGUUCCUUUGUGAAGCAUUAUUUCAGCCAUUUCAGCAGAGAGUGAGCACACAGCUCAAGCGCCAGUGGAGCUUCCUGAAAUUACUCUUCCCAAAAACAUUUUCUUUGAGGACUCGAACUUACACAACUAGUGUCUAUCCUGGUGUUCUGUUUGUACUUGGAAUACAUAUUUUCUAAGUUUCCACUCAGAAUUACAACAAGAAAUGCUCCCUCUAGUCAAAAUCCAACUUGGUUCUGAUGUCCUCUCUCCAUCUCAGAGUUCAGAUGAACUCUGGCUGUGACACUAAAUGUUAUAAUCCAUCAACAGUUUGGCACGGACAGAACUCUAUGUCAGCAUGCCAGUUUUCAAAAUUUGGAAUUGAACAAGCAUCUUAAAGCACAAUCACUACCAUAGUUCCAUAUCCCCUGUAAUGUACACCGGAAUUCCAGAGUUCUGGUCUUCUGUUGGUACUUUCAGAUAUGUUGAAUUUACAUACAAGGACCUGAGUUUAUUGUGUUGUUUUUUUACCAAAGAAAAUUUAACAUAACUUGAACGUGUAGUUUAAUUGUUAUUAAUUACCAUUAUCAUUUACCUGUCAACUUAAAACUACAUAAAUGGUUAUUUUUUUUAUGCAAGAAAAAAAUUAUGUUAAAUAAAACUAAGAUGAACAUUUUAUCCUUUAAUUUAGUUAUUUAAUUUAGCCAAUUCACAACAAAGGUCCAAAAGUAAUAAAGGCAUGAAAUAGUUUUACCGCUUCACGUUCAGGCAGGAUGCGGCCUGAACAUGUGGAUAAGUAUUUUUUAGAUGGGAUAUAAGGUAAAGGUGCUCCUCUUCAGUUUUGAUGUCUGUAAUAAUUAAGUGUUUGGAUGGUAAGGCUUUAUUAAAAGUAUAGCUAAGUAUAACCA